CAAUAAUAGUGCUUUAAUCCACACAUUCCGUCAAGACAAUAAUAGUGCUUUAUAAGGUCAUUUUAUUCCUGGAGGCUUGAUUAUGGCCCUUACGAUGAGUGUUGAGAAAUACUUGGACAGCUCAGAUCCUUAUCGAUCGACAAAUUUGCCCAAUUUCUGGCCGUAUCCCUUGAAGCUUGAGCCGUCUGUUGAUCUCCAGCAAAAUCUUUUGCCAUUCGGGGAUGAGAUACGCGCCAUUCUUCAUAGCCAUGGCUUUGCCAAUGACAUUCCCUUCAUUCCGUACCUCGCAACAAAGCCACACUAUCCAGACGGAGACAUCCCUGUCGCCCUAUUACGCAUCAUACUACAGGCUGCUGACAACAUGCCUCAAGACUUUGGUCCGGCAAAAGACGAACUCGCGAAGCUGCUGAAGCACUUGGAUAUGUAUGUGGAAAUCGUGAACGUCGACCGUUGUUUGAAUCCAUCACUGUUUCCACUCUCCCCUUCAGAACCGCUCAUCGUCGCCUUCGAGUUAGCAAAGGAGAGUCUCAUAGAAGAACUCCAUCGGGCCCUGGGGUUAAAAUGGAAUCUUCUUUGCCCAUUUAAUGUUGGUCGCUCCAAGGAUAAAGCCUGCCCUGCAAUUGUGGUCAACGUCGACCCUCUCACCGAAGCGAACUGGUUUUCGUUGGUGAUACACAUCAAGUCUAUUCUUGCCUCGUUUCUUCACCAGAACCAGCAGUUCGCAGUGGAAUUCUUCCCAGGCCAUUUAGAGCCACUGCAAGGAAUAUCCUUGGCAGAUCAAAUGGAUCCAGAGGGAGUGCCAAAGAUGGGUACCUCCAUUGGAGUACGCGGGGACGCAAACGCCGGAACACAUGGAGGAUACUUCACCCUCACAGAUGAUAUGACUGUCCGCAAGGGAUUCCUCACAAAUUACCACGUCAUUAGCCUGUCUGAGUCAAGAGGCGACCCAAAUCCGUGUUUCAAACAAGGUCUGGGUCAGUUUUGCUGUUCAGAAAGAACCAUCGAGAUAGAAAGCCCUGCAGUUAUGGACAGAAACGCAACCUUAGCAGACAUUGCUUCAAGAAUCAGUACUCUCGAGAAGGAUAUAGUUGAGCUUUCAUCUGAAAUACGCCAGCGCGAGGAGAUUGGGGGCAGGCCUCCAACGAACUUGAAAACGAUGGUGAACAGAUACCAGGCCAUGGUUCAUGAUCUUCAAAUACAACGCCAGCGAGGGAACAAUAUGCCACACAUCAUGGGCAAAGUCACAGAUGCGUCGGGCAAAGCGAUUCGCAGAAAGCGGAUUAUGGACUGGGCAUUUGUCGAGUUGACGGACACUUCUAUCGACCAGUUCUUCGGCCCAAACCUGAUGUUUGAAGUCCCCACCAACCAGCAGCCGUGGAAGUACGAUUUGAAGCUGGGCCCUGUCAUUGCUGGGAUGCCUCUCACGGAUUUUGGCAGUCUUGAAGAAGGGGGCGUCUACUACAAACUCGGACGCACCACGGGGAUAACUGGAGGAAUCUGCCACGGGGCCCUGGCCUGCUGUCAUUGGAAAGGAGGUCCUUCUUUCCUUUCAAAGAAUAAUGACCAUAAUGACAGAGAAACUUGUCUAUCAUCAGUUGUCACAGAAGAGUUCAUGAUUAUCAAUUAUACAUCACAUUGCCAGCGCCACUAUACACAGUCUUCAUUUGCAGAGUCUGGAGAUUCAGGUUCCCUUAUCAUCAAUCACCAUAGUUUAGUGUGUGGGCUUCUCCACGCCGGCAUAAUGAACUAUACUGGACCACCAGGACACGGAGCGUUUUACGCAACUGCUGGCCUGGUCACUGACAUCAAUGACAUCUCAAAGUCCAUCAUGCUCCGUACCGUCUGCAAGGAUCGUGAUGGACAGAUUACAAGUUCACCUGCUCUACUCGGCCUGCCGCAACCAUCGGAAAGUAAAUAGACACUACAUAGCUGCAUAUAAUACUCUAAUUCGC